UGGUAAGGAAUUAGAUUGUGGUGGUGGUGGUGCUGCUGCUGAACAUACGUUGGAGCCGGCCGUGACUAAUCGAUCCUCAUGACCCAGUGCCAAUCGUAACAUUAUUUCCUUCAUGGAGACCCUCAUUGAACUGUGUAUAAAGGCUGUGGCCAGGCUCUACCUGAGUGAAAUUCUACCGCUCCUAAGUCUGAAGCUUUUGCCGCCAGAGCUUGUAGCCCAUGUCCUGACUUAUUUCUCUCCGGUCAUGCUGCUGAAGGUGGAGCAGCAGUUUGUCGAUCUGCCGCUUCCUCGCAUGAGGCAAAGUGACUGCCCAUUGACACUCCCUCCGACAAAGCGUCCGAAGCACCGUCAUCCUCAAGCUCCAGCUCCAGCUCGCACCGAACUGCCAUCAGAUUCUCUCUCUUCACAAACUCCUAGUCAAAGCGCCUUUUUUUGUUCUAAUGGGACCGCAGAGGCAAGUCAACAAUGUCCCAGUUCUCAGCAGCAAGGAGGCAAUUCUCCAACAGGAAAAGGAGGGGUGCCGAUCUCGUCAGAGUCAGAGGAGGAAGCGGGUCGGACGAUAACAAGCGUUAACUUUUCCAAGGAGAGGAAUGGAGAUGACUGGCUGAGGCCUUUGCUAUCAAAGGCCUGGAAGGGGUUGGUGCAAAUCAGAUGGCCUCCAAGGAACACUGAAGAUAAGCAAGGGGGGGAGCUCAUCAGCCAUUCUUGGGAAAAUAGCUUCUUCAGACUGGAAAAUGAGUUGGAAAGUAAUGCCGAUUGGAAGAGUGUGUACCUCGAGCGACACUUGCAAGAAUGUCUGAAUGCUGCCACACACUGUGUUUCCUUAUCCGUUUGGGAAAAGGGUUCAAUAGGGGAGAUAUGCCUUCCAGAAGCGCUGACUAAUGAGCUCCACAAAUCUGUGAAGUCUGUUGAUGCGGAGUCAGCUGUAGAAGUCAAGGAGGCAAAGACUGACUGCUGCAAUGAUUGUCAAGAGCAGCAGUGUGCGGCGGGUUGCUUACAAACUCUUUGUGAUGUCUGCAAACUCUGUGCGCCAUUCACAAGGAGAUUGCGUCUGCAGAGUGUCCUUUGUGCAAGUGAACUUGCGGAUCUGCUGGAUGCUGCAGCCCUUCAGGUGCUUGUUGUUCACAACUUGAGGAUAGGCUCAGAUAGUGCGACAUUGAUUGCUGGUGCGGUCCUGCAGUCUAUGGGAACCUUGAAGUCUCUCCACAUUUGCGAUAACAAGCUAGGGAAUGAGUUCACAGAGAACUUGUCGUUGCUGAGUCCAGAUGAUCAGUUCCUAUACAUUCGGGGUUUGGAUUUAAGGAACAAUUUCCUGGAGGAGGCGGCGGGAAUGAGAAGUCUAGUGAAAUGCUUGAAACGCAUGCGAUUUCUAGAGGUCCUUGAUCUCAGUGGAAAUCCACUUUCCGACAGUGGAAUCGGGGCUCUGGUUCCAUUCCUUGAGAGUCUGAGGGAGUCGGACUCUUCGCUGCUGGAGCUCAAUGUUUCUGAUUGUGAGUUGUCACUGAAAGGAGGAGAGGCCUUGCUCAGUGCGCUUGCCUUUUCGUCACACUCUGUGCAGAUUUUAUCAAUAUCCAACAACUUCCUUGGCAGUGGGAUUUCUCUAUCGUUGGCCAAUUACAUAAUGAGGAGUCGUAUUCACAAGCUUGAUUUCAGCGACAUUGGAUUGGAGCGAAUGGGCUGCUCUCCUCUGCUUGAAGAUGCCCUUGUGAAGAGCCAAACCCUUGCCUCCCUUGAUAUCAGUAAGAACCGCAUAGGCACGACAGGAGGAGCAAUGCUUGCUUCUGUCAUUCGACAAGGCCAAGGCAAACUGACUGCAAUAAAUGCCACUGGGAACCUUUUUGGAGCGGAUGCAUUAACUGAAAUAGCUUCUGCUCUUCAGUACAGAAUGGCACAGAAGACAGGCACCUCCUGCCUGAUGCUGGAUCUGAGGAACAACCCAUGCAAGCUCUCUGUCAAAGUCAACACUGUGUUUGCUGAAGCAACAACGAAGGGAGAAUGUGUGAUCCUCUUCUCAGACAAGAUCGAGGGGGACUGUUUUGUUGAUGAUGAGGUCUAAGGUUCAAACUUUGAUGAGUGAGCCUGGCUUUAGAAGCUCACACGAUC